ACCCAACUCCAAAACACCCUCCCGCCUGCAUAUACAGACUCCACCAUGGGAAACUCCUCCUCCCGCAUAACAGCUCAGGACCGGUCUGUCUUCCUCUCCCCCCUCCCCAUGCUAGCUCCGCGAUUCACAAAAGAUACUAACACGAGAGCAGAGCAAUCCUAAACAUGAAACUCCAACGCGACAAACUCCAUAUCUACCAAAAGAAGAUCCAAACAGUCCUGACCCGUGAGCACGAGAUCGCGAAGGAAUGCCUCGCACGGGACGACAAAUCCCGCGCCCUUCUCGCGCUCCGGCGGCGGAAAUACCAGGAACAACUACUCGUAAAAACGGACGCUCAACUCGAAGCUUUAGAAAAGCUGGUAACGUAACCCGCCCCUUUGGGGUUGAUAACUCGAGGGGAGCUAAUAUGAAGAGGUUCCUUAGACGUCGACCAUUGAGUUUUCGUUAGUGGAGAAAGCGGUGUUGUAUGGGCUGCAGCAGGGGAAUCAGGUGCUUAAGGAGAUACAUAAGGAGAUGUCGCUGGAGGCGGUGGAGAGAUUGAUUGAGGAGACGGACGAGGCUAGGGCGUACCAGAGGGAGGUCAGUAAUUUGCUGGCUGGGGCUAUGACAAACGAGGAGGAGGAUGCGGUAGAGGACGAACUUGAGGCGUUGGAGAGGGAGGUUAGUAUUGUCUUUGCUAUUGUUAUUCUUCCCCAAGGUUGGCUGAUCCUGAUUUCUCCCCUCCCCCCUUUGCUACAUAGAUUCUCGGCGCGACAGCGGCACCUACUAUGCCCGAUGCCCCAAGCACGGUUCCAGUAUCACCAGAGGUGCAGGAGGAGGAGGAGGAGGGAAGUGGUGAAACGGAAGCAGAAAAGAAAGCCAAACGAGCGAAGGAGCGGGCAAAAGCUAGGAGAGAGGCGGCGAGAGAAGGAACGGAACCGAUGUUGGCAUAGGAACUGGAGUUUUUUUUUUUUUUGUUUGCGCCUCUCCUUCAGUUCUAUUUCGGCGUUCGGGAAUACACACGGUUGAUACGGCGGUCUUUUCCUCUAGUUCUCAAAGUAAAUAUCAGGAUUCGGGAAUAUCAUGAGCUAUGAUACAGGGACUUUUAUUAGGCUACAUGGAACAAUUAUGAUUAUGAACAUCUAACUGC